AUGGAAGCUGCAUGGAACGAAUCCGCUGCUUCGUCUCCAUCGUACAGCGCAUACGUGUAUGGAGACAGCUCAUGGCCUGACCCUGGGUGGCCACUCACAAACCGCCCUGCUCUGCUCACUGGGAUCUUUGCUGUAGCAUGUGGGCAAGUUGUAGUCAUCUUGUACCAUUUCUUUCAUCUCCGCAGCAACUGCUCUCGCAUCCAGAAAGCUGUCAUGCCGGAAUCUUCCUUCCUCUCAGACAUGAUGGGGCAUCUCGCGCAGCCUGAAGGAUUUGUGCUCCUCUCCCUCUACUUGUCCGGCACCUGGAUGUUCAGACUGAUGCCCAAGUCUUACUACUCUGCCGAAGGGACGGUAAACCCAGUCCAUGUGUUUGCACAGCUGGUCAUCAACGACUUCUUCCAGACGGUCAUGCAUCUUGGAGAGCACAAACUUUCUCCCUGGAUCUACAGGAUGAGCCACAAGCCGCACCAUCGCUUUCUCAACCCCAAGAUGUUCGAUGCGUUCAAUGGGUCGAUCUGCGACACAAUCUUCAUGAUUCUACUUCCCUUGUUUCUCACUGCUCAGAUCGUGCACUGCAACGUCUGGUCGUACAUGGCGUUCGGAACCAUCUACGCCUCCUGGCUGACGCUCCUGCACAGCGAAGUUUCGCACCCUUGGGAUCCUCUUUUCCGUAAGAUCGGCUUCGGAACCGCGGGUGACCACCAUGUGCACCACAAGUGCUUCAUCUUCAACUUUGGGCAUUUGUUCAUGUGGUGGGAUAUGAUGUUCGGAACGUACAAGUGA